AUGAUUGUGCCACAUCUGGGCGCACAGGGGCAGGGGGGGGCACAGCUGGAGCGCUGGACCUGCCAAAAAAGAAUGGUGGACGGUGGUCAUAGUGACGGCAGUGCACACCGGAUAUGUGACCCAGGGAAUAAGGAAACUGCUCUUUUGUUAAACCUACCGCAGAAAUUAAGUGAAACUGGAACAAAAGAUUCUCCUACCAGCCCUCCACCGGGAGAUGGAGUAUUCUGUUCACCAGCUCCGGAGCAGCGGGUCUCCUGGUCCCUGGGUCGCCCAUCUCAGGGGCGCUUCGAAGCCUAUUUCUUUGUGGCUGUCCACGAGACGGGUGGCAUCUGCUUCCUGCAGGGGCUUGACAUGGGGGCGGGUCGAAGUGUAGCCUGUGCAGCCCCUGCAGGAGGACGCACUUGGCGACAAGCAAAAGGGCAGCGGGAUCUUGAGCCGUGCCGGAGCAGGAUGUAUUGGAUGGUCUCCAUCUGCUGCUUUACUGCUGGGUGGGUUUACCGAGAACCACAGUGUGCCAAUGUUCUGGAGAACACUGACUUUGUUGUCCCCAUUAUGGCUAGAGUUAAAGAGAGUACAGAGGAUGACAAAGAGGUAGAAUCUUCCACUGAUGACACUCAAGAGCUGACAGCCAUAUCUUCUCCAAACAACAACAAUAACAGCUUGGAUCCACCAGAGCUCCUGCCCUUGGACAGCCACCAAAACCCUUUAAAUGGAGUCCAGCUGAACCUAUUUGUCUGUGGGAGCGUUCCUGCUGCCCCCAGCACAAAUGAAUCAUUGCCUUCAGGAGCACUUGCUAAUGGAGCUGCUUCACACUGUACCUCAGAGGAGUCCUGCAUCCACAACAAAGACAUGUCCCCUCUGCCCAAGACAGACACCAGCCCUGAGGUGUUACUGCCUCCCAGUGAGCUUCAAUCAGACACCCGGCAGAAAGCAGAAGGGUGCACCCUAAAAGUGCUGCCCACAAGGGCCUCAUCUGAAUCAAAAAUCAGCUACGGUGAGGCCCACUUAGAUGUGCUGGUGGGGGAAGGCUUGGAUAACAGGCCAAUCAGCCGACUGUUGGCUAGAAAGGGAAUCAAAGCAGAGUGCUUAUGGGACUUUGAUUCAGAGUUGUCAGAGAGUUCCUCUGAUGACUGCGAUGGCCUGAACUGGGGCCUGCAGGAGAAGUUCAUGCGGUUACUGUUAAAAAGCAGUGUAGCUGGUGGAGUAAGAACAAAGGUGGAGAUUGAUGGAGCUCCACCUGCCAACCAAAGACAAAGGGUGCGGAAAACCCAGACCGUGGAGAGGGCUGCCACUGGAAGACAAGUUUAUAAUGGCUUUGAUUACAUAUCCCAGAAUUCUCUUACAGAUGAGGACUCUGAUUUUGAUUCGUCCAUUAACAAAGAACAUGCCUUCAGGAAUGAGCCAGAAAGUUUGAAAGCAUAUGCUGGAUUGCACCUGGAGAAAUUCUGUGACAAGGAAGCUGCCAUGAAGGAGCUAAUUUCAAGUGAAAAGGAAGAGAGAUAUGAUAAAGGCAGCAGCGACAUAGAAACAAACACCUACAUGGGUGAAAAAUUGGUUCCGUUAAAGACAGAGACAAAAACAGGCAGGGCGCUUUCCUUCUCAUGCUCAAAGUGCAAAAUUAAUUUCAAAGAGUUGAUGCAUUUGCAAAGGCAUAUGAUGUAUCAUUUAGAAAGGAAUAAUAAGGUGAGACAAGAACAUGUUCCCCGACCCUUUAUAUGUAGGGAGUGUGGGCGUUCGUUCCGAGACCUAACCUCUCUGCAAAAGCACAUGAUAAUACACCAGGUGCGUAGGGAGAAGCUGAUGGAGGAGAUUAAAGGUUUCAGUCAGAUAGAUGUAGAGGGAAGAAGAGCUUGUCUUCAGUGUCCCCAGUGUGUCUUUGGAACGAAAUGUCCCAAAACUUUUGUCCAUUAUGGUGAAACUAAUGAGAAGGAGAAGCCCUCAUAUAGCUGGAAAAAAUGUGAUCACAUGACUAUGAAUGAAAUUGAGCUAAAGGCAAAUGAGUGCACAGCUCAUCACAACACAUAUAACAAAGAUGGUGACUCCUUUGCAUGCCUAAUUUGUACAUUUAGAAGUAAGAAUAAAAAUGCUUUCAGAAAACAUGUCGAGCUCAUCCAUGGGCAAUCAUAUUAUGAGUUUUAUAGAGUAGCAGACCAACCCAAAAUCAAGGACUCAUUAAUGCCAAAGAUUCAAAUAACAGAGAAAUGGUCUGCAAGGGAGAGAGGUGAGGUGCCGUUUAGGCCCAAUAUCUCAGCUGACCUUAAUCGGAGAAUCAUGGAAACGCAAAAAGCCUGUGACGUUUUCAGUUCCUCGCUGAUCAAAUGGAACCCUGGCAGCCCAGAAAACAUUCUGUCACCAUUCUCAUGGAAAUGUGACAAGCAAGGCAAAUUAUCCCCUCUGCCUACAGAGAAAAUAGAUGUGACAACAGGUCUCCCUUAUGUCGAAGAAGACAAUCAAGAACAUGAAAGCACUGUCUCCGAAAAGAGGACAAAAUAUCUUUCCAGCUUUGAUGUGCAUUUUACAACAAAAACAGAGAUCGACAGCAAAACAGCCUGUCUGAACCCUGGCACUGAGAGCUGUCCCAAAGAUCCCUCAACCAGCAGUGCUUUAGCACUGCAAACGCUGAGGCAUAAACUUCCCUCGAAACGAAAAAUGUCAAUCCCAUAUCACAACACCCCUGUUGAUAUUCCCCAUGUGCAUUAUCCAAAAUGUGAGCAUGAGUCUCAACAAUGGGAAUCUACUAAACCACAAGAAGGAGAUAACUAUGAAGGUGCUCAGGAUUUCAACGGCUAUGCCAAAGAAUCCACAGAUUGGUCUCGUAGCAAUACCCCCCAUGAUUAUUUCAACUGUGGAUGGACAUCCCCUCUCAAGAACAACAUUCCUGACUACGCCAAUCACUCCAAUCUGGAAAAUAACAUAAAGGUGGACAGUGAUGAAAUAUGUAAAUGUAUAGCAAAGGAGGAGUGUAUCGAGAGUACAAUCAGCGAGGAUACCCCUGAUCCUGUUGUUUAUUACGAAAGUGGACCCUAUGCAGACUAUGUGGCCUCCCCUUUGUCUUUGGUGGGCAGGAAGUGCUGUCCCUACUGCCCAGCUGUGUUUGAGUCUGGGGUUGGCUUGUCCAACCACAUCAGAGGACACCUACAUAGAGUGGGGCUAAGUUAUGAUGCUCGUCACAUAGUGUCACCUGAGCAGGUGGCAUCUCAGGAUUGUCGACCCCGCAUACGCAGAAAAAUCUCUUCAGUGAAUCGCAGAAUCAGAAAAGAUAAGCCAGAGUCUAAAACUGAACACACCUGUCCGCUGUGCCUGGGCUGGUUUGACACUAAGACCGGCCUCUCCAAUCAUGUGCGGGGUCACCUGAAACGAAUUGGAAAGCCUAUUUCAGGUGCUAGCAAGUCACCUCUCUGGAUUCUGACAGAACUUCUUCAGGAUGAGUCAGAAUACAGAAACAUUAUGAGGGUGCUUGGUGCCAGACCACACUUCUCCAAACCUUUUGUCUCUCAAAAAUUUGCCAACAGCGAUGGACUGUUCCUUACAUCCACUGGGAUUCCCAUAAAGAUCCGUCAUGCCACCGGCACAUCAGAUGAAGGGCGAUGGUCUAUGAUCAGAUCACCACCUGUGGACAGGGAGAUGCAGAGGACUGAUACAGUCCCAUCUAGCAUUUUAGAGGACCUGCUGGGAAAUAGGAAGCUGGAGCAGGAAAAGGAAAAGGAGGUCCGAGGUCACUCAGAGAAGAACAUGACUCCAUUGGUCAUCUCCUCCACUAGUGGCAGUAUAUCCAGGACAUCAUCUGUGAAGAUGAAUCCUACCUGGAGUGAAGAGAAGUUUGAUGGAAAUAAGAAGAUCUGCAUCCACUGCAACACAACAUUCCAGAGUGCCGUCAGUCUGUCCAAUCAUCUUCGAGCAUAUGCACGACGGAAGAGUAUUGCCUUAUUAGAGGGAACAACGUAUGAUUGUAAACAGAAGAGGCCUAGAUCAAGACCUGGGCCAAAAAUCAAGGUGUUUUCAUCUGUGCACACCACCUCUGAAGUGAUCUACAGAAUGACCUGCAGGUUCUGCGGUCUGACCUUCCAGGGUCCUCAGUCAAUUCAGGAAGACUGGAUCAAGCACUUGCAGAGGCAUCUUAUGCACACAAGUAUCUCUGGCAUGGGUGCAGGUAUGGUGGAGGUAUCAGCAUGUAAAGAGCUGAGUUCACCAUCUUCCCCCGAGCACCUGCUCCUUAGUCUGCCAGUGGGGGUGUCCUAAGCCACGUUUACAUGCCAGCUAUGCUCUCUGUACACCUGUUCGGCACAUGUUCAUAAACAAAUACAUGUAUAUUAUGCUGUAUAUA